AGACCAAACCAAAAAAAAAAGAUCGCAAACGAGAAGAAAGACCAGACAGAGACAAGACCGAGAGCAGACUUGGUUCGGUGGCGCAGCAGAGUGUGUUGUAAUUCGGUUCUCGACGCAUUUUGGGGGACAGAUUUAUGUGAUUUCGGUGGCAACAAUUGCAAAACAAGUGCGGUAAAAAGAGUGUCGUCGCGAAGGUUGUUCCUGCAAGAAUUGCUGCCAGGACCCCGCCAAGGUUGCAGUUCUUUGCGGGGGUGUGUGUUUUUGAAGAAGCUGAAGGCUGAAAGAUUCACAUUUUUUUGUCUUGCUGUUUGACAUUCAUGCUCAAACUCAGCCCGUCUCAACGAAUCAUCUUAACGGCUAACUUAACGUAGUAGGCCUGGCCAUUACAACAGAAGAGUGUUGAGAGUCAUCGACGCAGAAGACCUUUUUCAGUAUGCUUAAAAAAUUACAAAAUAAUUGUAUAAAUUGAAACUCAAUAGAUUGACGUGACUAUUAAAUUCGUGGGCGAAAAAGAACCGAUUGCGUCAACAGCAGCGCUGAAAUUACGCAUCAAAUCAAGUGAGAGAAUAAAAAUGCCUCACCUCAAAGGGGGCAGAAUGUUCUGCAGAUUGAUUGAAUCCCAGUGAGUGAGUUCAAGGAGAUCGUCGGGAUCGUUAACCAUCAGCUGUUUGGAAAAGUGUGCGUGGGUGGUGACGGACAAAGCAGGCGGCGCUCCGGGGUUGACAGGACAGCUGAUUGAAGAGAGGGGGUGCUGCGAGAGAGUGGAAGUGGGAGAGAGGGGACGGCAAUGUUUUCCUUUCUUCCUGCGUCGACGUCGUCGGCGGUGUCGUAAAUGUCUCAUCAGCUUUUGUUUACCCGAGCACAACAACAGAGGCGACGACGACGGCGGCGGCAUCCACGGUUACUACGAUCGGUGGUGUGCGUUGCGGGCGAGGAUCGGGUCAAAGUUGGCCAGGCCACUAGCUGAAGAAGAGUGAAAAAGGUGGUCGGAAGAACAAAGGAAAUUAAUAUCGCCCUCGCACGGGGAGUGAAAGAGAGAGAAAUAGAGUGUGGUGCAAGUGAGUUGGAGUGAGCUUGGCGUAUCAGUUAUCAGGAAGAGAUGGCAGACUUCGAUGCGAUCUACGAGGAGCAGGAACUGGCCGAGCCGGAGGACCUGGACGAGGCCCAUGUCCAGAUGGUGCCGGAUCCGAUUGUGAUACGGGGCGCCGGAAACAUGACAGUCUUCGGCCUGAGCAACCGCUUCAACGCGCAGUUCCCAGCCGGUCUGGUGUCGCGCGUCGCCCCCGAGGAGUUUAAGGCCACCAUCCAGCGCAUCAACGCCGUCCUCAAGAAGACGCUCCCCGUCAACGUCAAGUGGCUGUUUUGCGGGUGCGUGUGCUGCUGCUGCACCCUCGGCUGCUCCCUGUGGCCCGUGAUAUGUCUGAGCAAGAGGACACAACACACGAUGAACAAACUGCUCGAGUGGGAGAAUAGUCAUCUGUACCACAAGCUGGGCCUGCACUGGCGGUUAAGUAAACAGCAGUGCGACUCCAACUCGAUGAUGGAGUACGUGCUGCUGAUAGAGUUUAUACCCAAGACGCCGAUCUACCGGCCGGAUUAGGCGCGCGGUUUCCUUGUUUUUAAAUGUGGUCUCUAUUAUUAUGUAAAGAAACAAACACAAACACAAAAAAUUAUGAAUUCUAGCAAGUACAUGCUGAACACGAAGAUACUAGAGAGUAGCUGUUUCCUUUUUCUAUUUGUUUCGCUCGUUUUUUUUUAUCCAGAACUUGAGAUAUCGACACACAGUUUAGUUUAGUAGUCAAACUAAUGCAAAAGCAACAGUAAACACAGACACAUUUAUCUACUCAAAAAAUGCAAUACAGAAGUUAAAGACGAAUCUGCAAGCGAGGACUGCAGUUUUUGGUCGUGUAAAUAAAUUUUUUUGUGUAGAAACAAACCGUAAUUUUUUUAGCGAGUAGAGCUUACUGGUUGCGCAAACAAAUUAAAAGUCGAAACUGAAAACUAGAUUUUGGCGAGCUUUACAUUGACGGAAGGAAAAAGCGAAUGAAUUGGGGGCACUCAAGUGAUCUUAGCGAAAAAAAGGAAAAAAGUUUUUUGAAAGAAGUGAGGUUGGAAGAAAAAAGGCAAACGAGCAAAAAUAAGAAAGGUUAGACGCCUAGGAUUAGGACAAAUGAUUGUGUAUAGUGUAUAGUGCGAGUUGUUUAGACGUUUAAGUGCGAGUUAAGUAAUAAUAAAGAAAAACAAAAUGAUAGCAAACUAUUUCAAA